AGUUAAGUUAGGCUAAGCUAAAAUAAGCUAAGCUAAACUAGAUGUUGAUAGCGGCUCUCUCAGCAUUAACUAACCGCUGUUGACUAGCGUGCUUAGCUACCGGUCAGUGAGAGUCACCCAGCAACCUGGUGUGCACGAGCUGCAGUUUGACAGCACAGGCUGUUAUUCACUGGACAGACAGACAGACAGACAGACAGACAUGCACAUAAGUGCUGAAAGCAUUUAGCUCUCUGAAUGAAACACCCGCACGCUGGCAUUUUGUGACUAUUACGUCUCGCAUGCUGUAAUAAGCUACCGAUAAGUUAAAGAUCCGGUGUUAGAGAUCUAAGGCUAGACAAACUAGACGGACAAAUCAAAACUAGCUAACAUUUUAAUCAACCGGUGUCGAAGCUCAAUAUAUAACGGAGGAGUUUGACGUUUCGCUGCUUUGAAUGUACACGUAAAUACACGAGCCAUUAGUACCUGUCUAACCGGAAGGGGAAAAUUAGAACAGGGGCAGGAUCUGUGUUUGAGUGCGAGACAGCGACAGGAGGGGUUGAUGUGACUGUGUGUGACGAACUGCAAGAUGCAGGAGCACUGAGGACACACACUCUCACCAUGGCGUGUCCCCCUUCCCUUUCCCCUGUUUAAUAGCACCAUCUGUCCAACAUCUUGUCUCUGGGGCUUCAGAGUGGAGCCCCACACACCAACACACUACAGUUUCAGUCUUCUGUGUUUGUCUGUGCAGAAGGGGUGUGUGUGUGUGUGUGUGCGCAAGCACGAGAGUCCGGUUCUAGCCUCUUUGCUGAAGGAAGAUGUCUGUGGUAUUGCCCCUGGAUGGGGUAAGAGAGGGGGAGAGUGUGCUGAGUACUGAAACUCCUGCUGCUAGCCGCUGUAAAGGAACCACUACUACACUGAUCAAAGACAACAACACCGAGAGCAACGGCGCCGAGCUCGACGACAACCUCACACAAGACACACAGAAACGCUGUCAAAACCAUGGCCAUAGCAGGAAAAGAGCCAAGUCCAAUGCCAAGCUAAAGCUGGUGAGGAGCCUAGCAGUAUGCGAGGAGUCAUCCGGCAUGUUUUCUAGUGAUGGACCUGCAGAGAGCCAGGAUAUUAUUCAGCUCCACAUCAGUUGUCCGUCAGACAAAGAAGAAGAGAAGUCUUCUAAAGAUGAAUAUGAGAGUGAGGAAAGGGAGAAAAAGGACAAAACUCCACACAAGAUGCUCUCUCGUGACUCCAGUCAGGAGUACACCGAUUCCACAGGCAUCGACGUGCAUGAGUUCUUGGUGAACACACUGAGAAACAACCCCAGGGACAGAAUGAUGCUGCUGAAGCUGGAACAAGAUAUACUGGAGUUUAUUAAUGAUGAUAACAAUCAGUAUAAGAAGUUCCCCCAGAUGACCUCAUACCAUCGCAUGCUGCUACAUCGAGUAGCAGCUUAUUUUGGCAUGGACCAUAAUGUGGAUCAAACCGGCAAAGCGGUCAUCAUCAAUAAGACAUGCAACACCCGCAUCCCCGAACAAAGGUUUUCUGAGCACAUUAAAGAUGACAGAACUAUGGAUUUCCAGAAGAAGUUUAUCUUGAAGAGAGAUGACGCAAGCAUGGACAAAGAUGACAACCAGAUUCGUGUUCCUCUACAGGACGGUCGUCGUAGUAAGUCUAUCGAGGAGAGAGAGGAGGAAUAUCAACGUGUCCGAGAUCGGAUUUUUGCUCGGGAAUCUUCUCAAAACGGAUACCUCAACGACAACAGGGGGAAUAAAGAGAGCUCGAGCCGGCCGCCAAGCAGUCGUCAAAGCAGCACCGACAGCGACAUGAAGAGUCUGGAACCACGGCCAUGGAGCAGCACAGACUCAGACAGCUCAAACCGCACGCUCCGGCCUCCCGUUACCAAGGCCAGCAGCUUCAGUGGCAUCUCCAUCCUAACACGUGGAGAUAGUCUGGGUAGCAAGGGCUCACAGGGCAGUGCCAGGGGCUCACGCACAGGUCUUCCUCUUGUAACCACAGAGGCUUGUCCCCAGCCACUUCAUCAGAGCCGCACUCUCCUGCCCUGCCCAUCCAGCUGCCCAUCCAAUGUUCCUCAGAGCCAGGCUCCACCACCACCACCACCACCACAAACAGCUCUGCUGCCCACCCCUACACUCUCUCACACACACUCUCACCCGCAGCACCCCAUUGGCAGCCACAGCCAUAAUCACAUGCUGCCACAGCCGGUGGCAUCUUUGCAGCCAGCUCCACAGCCUGUAUCAUACUCCAGCUCUUCCUGCCCUCAGGUCAUCCUGCCUGUUUCUCCUUCUCAGCAGUAUAACUUGCCUGAUGAGUUGACUCCAGGUUUUGGACAGAUGUCUCUGAGCCGUCAGGGCUCUAGUGAGGCUCCAGAGCCACCAGGACUCUAUCAGCCUCCACCUGCCGUGUUAUCCCAACAUCCUCCGCCACAGCCAGGCUACAUCAUUGCCCCGCCUCCGUCCAGCUACCAGCCACCCACAGCUCAUCCACACCCCCCUCCGCCAGCUCCACCCCAAACUCAGCCUGUACUGCAAACAGCUCCACCCACACAGGGCUACAUGCAACCCCCUCCACCACCUCAGCAGAUCCAGGUGCAGUAUUAUUCUGCUGGUGGACAGUAUCCAAGUUCAGGACAACAGUACAGGGCCAUGUCUCACCAGGUGUCGUACCCUGCCCAGCGAUCUCAGCCAAUGCCACCGCCAGCACAGCCCUCUGCUUCUCUCCAGCCCAUCAUGGCCGGUCAGCAGCCAGCAUACCAGGGAAUGAUGGGAGUUCAGCAGCCGCAGAGUGCCAGUAUCAUGAAUUCUCAGCGUCCAGGCAUGAGUGGACAGAUCCAGGGCAUGGUGGUGCAAUACACACCUAUGCCUUCCUAUCAGGUGCCCGUGGCUAAUGAAGCUCAGCCUGUGGUGCAGCAGCAGUACCAGCAGCCUGUCAUGGUGCCCGUUAGCCAGUCUGUACAGGGUGCAAUGCCAGCCGCCCCACCCAUGCCAGUCUACUACAGCGUCCUGACGCCAACACAACAGAACAGCACAAGUCCAUCUGUGAGCUAUCUGCAGCCCCCCAGUUCAGAUCAGUAUCAGAUGACUCAGUCCCCUUCCCCUUGCAGUCCUCAGCAGAUACAGCAACAGUAUUCAGGAGUGCCACCUCCCGGUCCAAGUGUUAUGGUGAUGCAGUUGAGUGUUCCCAAUGGGCCACAGCCUACCCAAAAUCCUCCCAUGGUGCAAUGGAAUCCCUGCAAGUAUUACAGUGUGGAACAGAGACCCAGCAAGCCUGAGCCUCAGGUCAGCACUCAGUUAAGUAGUCCGCUGCCAUCUCCUACUCAGUCACCCACUCCCACUCCAUCGAACAGUGGAAACAAUGUGUGUCCUGGACUCGGCCCACUGCCUCUCAUUUCCCAGUUUCCACGGCCUGGUGGACCCACACAAGGAGAUGGACGCUAUUCGUUACUGGGGCAGCCCCUGCAGUAUAGUUUGUGUCCCCCAACUAUCAUGCACAACCAUAGCCAGUCCUCCUACUGCUCCCACCAGAGCUCAGGAGUGAUCAAGCAUGGCGCCAGAGGAAAGAAACAGACAUUGAAAUCUGCCUCUACAGAUUUAGGCACUACUGACGUGGUGGUGAGCCGUGUGCUGGAGGUUACAGACCUGCCUGAGGGCAUCUCUCGCACAGAGGCAGACAAACUCUUCAACCAGCUCUCGAUGUGUGGGGCCAAGAUCCAGUGGCUGAAGGAGCCUCAGGCAUGCCGGGGAACUGGCACAACCCAAGUGCAUGGAGCUGCUGGCAACGGGGCAGUAGGAAAGGGUGACACCCACGACCCAGCACACCUCUACACCGUGGUGGCAGUGUUUCCCAACACCAUGGCUGCACAAAGUGCUUCCUUUAAGCUCAACAACAGUGGAGGAAGUCUGUUCAAACUGCGCACUGCCAAAAAGAACUAUGACCUGCGCGUACUAGAGAGAGCUAGCUCACAGUGAGCAAAAAGAGAGAGAGCGGGAGAGGAGAGGUUUGGAAGAACAGAGAGAAGAGAGAGAUCCUACUGAUUUUCGCAGUCUUUUUUUUUGUAUCAUUACGCAAAGAGGACAUAACGCACGUAAGCAUGUGUACCUCUGUUGUACCUCUGUAUAUAUAAUUCCUUAUGUACACACAGAUGCGCACACACUUACACACAUGGCCAUGCACUGGACAGAGGGUGUUGGACAGGCUCCUCAAAUUUUUCUGUCUCUCUUUUCAUCGCGUCUCUCCUUCAAUCAUACAUACGCCUUCUCUCUCCCUCUCUCUGGCUCAUAUUUCAUCCAUCAUGUUCUUUUUUCUGAUGUUCCUCCUCUUUCUCUUUUCUCACUCUUGCGCGCCUUUUCUGCACUUUCAAGACGGCUUUCUCUCUUCUUUCUCUUGCUUUCUGUUUGCCUUAAUGCUGUCGUGAACUUCUGUAUUGCGCUCUUCUUUCUCAUAUUCUCUCUCUCUCUCUCUCUCUCUCUCUCUCUCUCUCUCAGAUAAAAUACUGAAAUAUCGUCCCUCUUUUGUUCGAUAUAUUUAUAUAAGUGAUGUAAGGAUUAUAAAAAAUCUAUAUAUUCAGUGAUUUCUUUCCCCCCAGGUGGAUAAGUUAAAGUUCCUCUACAAUCUGUUCCUUUACACAACUUCCCCUCAUCCCCCUUCCUACAAUCCCUUGUCUUUUCCUCAUUCAUCGUUGUGUUUCGCAUCUUUUUUUUGUGACGGCUGUGCAGAAAGUUCUCUUGAGGUAUUUAAGUGCACAAAGAUUGCAAAUGUCUACUGUAAAUUCCAUUUCUUCUGUUCUUUUUGUUUGUUUUUAAAAAUAUAAAAGAAGACAAAAGAAA